GUUUACAAAAGAUACGGCCAGGUUCAAGGAUGAAUUAGAUAUUAUGAAGUUCAUUUGCAAAGACUUUUGGACAACUGUAUUCAAAAAACAAAUAGAUAACCUAAGGACUAAUCAUCAGGGUAUUUAUGUCCUUCAAGACAAUAAAUUUCGUCUCUUGACACAAAUAUCUGCAGGAAAGCAGUAUUUAGAACAUGCACCAAAGUAUUUAGCAUUUACCUGUGGACUAAUCAGAGGAGGCCUAUCGAAUUUGGGAAUAAAGAGUAUUGUAACAGCUGAAGUUUCAUCAAUGCCUGCAUGUAAAUUUCAGGUGAUGAUACAGAAGAUGUAGAGCACAUUCAAAUCUGGGUAUCUACCUUAAAAAUCCUUUGUGUGUGUGGAUUCAGUAUCUUGGUUCAGCCUUGUAUGUAGCUUGUAAAUUACAGCAGUCUGCAGCACAAUUCCAAAAUAUAUAAUAAAUGUUCAUCAAAAGAACUUA